AUGGCUCAAAAACCUAGAUGGGGCGAAUUGGAGGAAGAAGCUGAUGGCGGUGAUUAUGACUAUUUGUUGCCACCGAAACAGAUUACCACCACCACACGCAUCCAUAAAAUCGCUAAUGCUCGGCUGAGCAAGCGCGCCAUGGAGAGGCGUUCUUGGCCUAAGUUCGGUGAUGCCGUUCAAGAGGACAUCGGCGUCAAACUCACCAUGGUUUCUACCGAGAAAAUCAUCUUUGAACGACCAAGGGCUCCAGCUCUGCUGAAGCAACAAGGUGCUUUUGCCAAAGGUCAGACAAAAACGGCUCCUGUAGAGGAGGAAGUUCCACCUUUGCUUGGAGAAAAUGGAAAAAUUGAGGUAUGGCGUAUUGAUGGUGAAGAAAAGACGGAAUUACCCAAGGAGGAUAUUGGAAAAUUUUACAGUGGAGAUUGCUAUAUUUGUCUUUACUCCUACCAUUCUGAUGAAAAGAAAGAAGAUCACUACCUGUGCUGUUGGAUUGGGAAGGAUAGCAUCCAGGAGGACCAAAAAACAGUUGUUCAACAAACUACUUCAAUGUUCAACUCUAUGAAAUGCAAACCUAUUCAGUCUGGAGUACCUGUAAAAUUCUCUAGAGAAGGAAAAGAGAGCUUAGCUUUCUGGCUUGCACUUGGUGGAAAACAAAGCUACUCAAGUAGCAAAGUAACACAGGAAAUCAUCCGUGAACCUCACUUGUUUGAAGUAAUAAGCAAUAAAGGAAAGUUAGAGAUUGAAGAAGUUCACAGCUUUGAACAAGAUGACUUGUUUCCAGAGGAUGUAUUGAUAUUAGCUACAUGAUUUUUAGGGAAUAUUUGAAUGAAGCAAUUACAGAAAUAUUGCAGAAAUCCCAACAAACAUUAUUUUUAAA